UAAUAUCGAUCUUAUUUUUUUUUUUAAUAUUCAGUCAAGAACAACGUAUACGAUAAUACGAAGGUUCUGGGUAUUACUACACAACCUGGAAUUCGUCUCAUUUAUUAAUUUCUCUCUCUCUCCCUUCUUGGUUAAGCAAAUCCUCUCCCUGCACUAUUCUAACACCCUAUACGCGCCCGCUGAAAAAUUUUCAGUUUCCGAUUUUGGCCGGAUCGUCUAUGCUGCUGGUUAUCUGUUCGAUCGAACUCGUUUUCUAGAUUCAUCAUGUCUUCCCCUGCUGAAUUUUAUCAGUCGCUUCCACCUAUAACUAAAGCUUAUGGGACUGCAUGCUUAGUGGUCACUGUUGUAUGUCAAAUUGGGCUACUCAGUCCUGCAGACAUUGCAUACUUCUCAAUCUUGGAUUGGCAGGUCUGGCGACUAAUUACCAACUUCUUUUUUCUUGGCAAGUUUUCUAUCAAUUUUGGGAUUCGGCUCUUAAUGAUUGCAAGAUACGGAGUUCAACUGGAAAAUGGGCCAUUUCAGAGACGCACAGCUGAUUUCUUGUGGAUGAUGUUGUUUGGAGCUCUCUCUCUACUGGUUUUGUCUAUCAUCCCCAUAUUCUCGUCCCCUUUCUUAGGGAUUUCACUCGUUUUCAUGCUUCUUUAUCUCUGGAGUAGAGAAUUCCCAAAUGCCAAUAUCAACUUAUACGGUCUUGUGACUCUUAAGGCAUUUUACUUGCCAUGGGCCAUGCUCUGCUUGGAUGUCAUCUUUGGUUCUCCAAUUGUGCCUGAUCUUUUGGGCAUUAUAGCUGGGCAUCUUUAUUACUUCUUAACAGUACUGCAUCCGCUUGCUGGUGGGAAGAACAUACUGAAGACACCUGCAUUUAUGUAUCCUUUUGUGUUGCUUUUCAAUGUGAUAUAUCAAAGUAUAACAAGAAUUUUUGCUUAUGUUUGCUGGCUUACACAUUGGCCAAUGAUCCACCUUGCAAUUUGGAAAUGCGAAAUCAUCUCAUUAUUGUUUCCUGGAAAUUUGCCUUGUGCAGGGAGAUACGGUUGCAACAAGAAAGGGUAAUAUCUAAUUCUGUUUUCUCUUUAUGGAUUUCUUAUAGGCCAUAAAAUCUCAUGGCGUGUCUCGGCUUUAUCGUUACUAUGUCAACCACACAUGGGCCAAACAGCAGAAGUUGGGAGCAGACAUAUUUCUCACUGAAUCAAUUGCAUAUUCUUAUUGGUUGGUGAUGCUUUCCUUGACUAGUAUACUUAGACAUAAACAAGUCAUGAAGUGGAGAAUCGGUGCUCCUCCGCCAAGCAGUGUCGCUCAGCAGCAAGAUAGGGCUACUGGUGUUGCUUUUAGGGGAAGAUCGUAUCGUCUUGGUGGAUAACACGCUUCUAUUGCAAAUUUCUGCGUAGAUGGAAGUAGGUGGCACACAAAUUAUUGAAACAGCUGUGGAUAACCAAAGUGAGUUAUGUAGUAUGGCGAACUAGAUGUAUUCCUGGCUCAGGUAUCUAAUUAUCAGAUUCUGUGGCAUUUAUUUGCUGUAGUUUCUUACCGAGGAAUGCAUUUCUAAUUUAUACGAAUUUCAUUUGAGAUUAUGCAUUUCCA